UCUUUAGAAUAUUAGUAGAUGUCACUGAGCAGUCGAGCAGCACACCCGCACAAACACUUGAAUCACAAAGACCACUGCACAGAGACAUUAACUUUUGAAAGGUAACAUCCUAGAAUACAGAAGGAAAAAGGAAAGACAGGAGAAGAGAAACAUGGCGCACUAUAUAAAAUAUAUUGUUGGGAUCGUACUGGUGUUGUCAGCACUCAUCCACAUCCUGUACUCAUUUCCAGAAGAAGAGUUCAUGGCACAAGCUGGAUGCCCAGAAUGCAAACUGAAGGAGAAUAAAUACUUUUCGAGGCCUGGUGCUCCAAUUUAUCAGUGUGCAGGAUGUUGCUUCUCUAGGGCAUACCCUACUCCUGUAAGAUCAAAAAAGACCAUGCUGGUUCCCAAAAACAUUACAUCUGAAGCCACCUGCUGUGUAGCAAAGUCAUUUACAAGGGUUAUCCUGAUGGACAAUCUGAAGAUAGAAAACCAUACGGACUGUCACUGUAGCACCUGCUAUUACCACAAGUCAUAGACCCAACAGACUGCUGAAGCUCUAAGCCUUCCUCCUUAUGAAACAAUAUUCACAGGAGACAAAUAUCUGUGUUCUGCAGUUGAUGUUUGAUGAAACUGCUCUACAAUAAUUCACCUGACUUGCUAUUUACACUUUUUAAUAUUUACAUGGGAGAUGUAAUUAUGUCCUACACAUUGAAAUCUAUUUUGUGAUCACUUAUUUUAUUGAAUGAGGAAUAACAUUUCUAUUUUUCCCCAUGGAUAUUAAAAUAAAACUUUUGAAAAUCACCAAA